UUUAUUUAUUUUAGUGGUUUUUUCCUGGGAGGCUUGUCAUGUUCUGGCUGCUAAUUGGGUUUUACGUCACAACGUAGAUGGUGAUGGAUUUUUUUCCCGAUGCACACAGUCAAAAAGUAGAAGGGACGAGCGCCGGGUGCGAUAAAGGAAUUAUAUAAAUAUCCGACGCGGCGCGAGAGCAGCAUUCAUUCCAGUUUAGCUUGUGGUGAACUUAAGACCAAAAACUUCUCUCUUCACAAAAAGAUAAAGUUUGUACUUUGUUUGAGCUGUAUUUCAUCUGAGGUUUCCUUCGCCUAGUCAGUCACAAAAUGAUGUCCAGGGUAGUCAUUGUUCUGUCCGUCUGCCUGGCGCUCGCCACCUUGAGUGCAGCCCAGAGGCCCUUUUACGCCCCUAAUCCGUGGUUCGAUAAGUACGGACCCCAGCAGGAACAAACCAGCACAACCACCACCUCAAGUGGUUCCACGUCUAACACGUCCAACACUGUCGACCCGUUGGGAGACCGUUUCCUUGUCCCCGUUGAGAAUAACGUCAGCUUCAGAUACUACAACAAUGUUCCCAUCGAAGGCCCAGGCACACCCUGCGUUGGAUGCGUCUACAGGCUGACAAGGAAUGGAUUCGUGAUGGUCCGACUGUGAGAGGAGAAUAAUUAUUAUUUUAUAGAUUUGAAGAGGAAAAGAUCUCUUUAUUUUGUCUACAAGAGCCGAAAUAAAAUACAUUUAUUUUAAAAUAAUUGCACAAAACUUUAUUGCAUUUUCACAAAACAAAAUUAUACACGUCUCAGUUACAAAAAAAAUUAUAUAUAUAAAAAAUACGUACUUUAAAUAAGGAAUUUAAGCCACAAUGGCACUGGAACAUUUUGGGGAAAAUCCUUUGCUGGGUCAUUUUUCAAGUCGCCUUGUUUCACAUUGUAAUAAAAGAUACGAGGUCAGGUUAAUAACAAUAAGUACAAUUCGUGCAGGAAACGGCCUUGCGCUUUACGCCCAAACAGAGCGCCAGCAGGAAACAGUUGUGGUCUUUGUACUCCUGUUUUUCAGAUGUUUUGUAAAAUAUAUAAAUUUUUGUUGUUCCAGUUUAGCUCCAAAGCAAAAGUACAAUAAAAAUGAAGU